AUGGCCUGGUUUCUAGACCAACCUAGCUGGGGACAGGGCGUGAUUUACGGGAGUCCCCUAGCUGACGCCUCCGGCUCGGUCUCGCCAUUUUUCCCUGAUAUUGAACCAAACCUGGCUACCGACUAUGAGGCGUAUUUGAAUCCUUCCAUCAACGAUGCACACCAUUUGGGAUAUGGCCAUCAAUAUCAUACGACGCCAGCGAGUAUCCCUUCCCAAUGGGCUGCAAUCGCCAGCCCGAGUAUACCAAAUUUAACCAACCGGGUUACGAACAAUCUUCACUCUGCCGUCAAUCAGCCUCCAAUCGUGCCAGCCAGCAGGCAUCCUGAGCCAAAGCCUCGGACUCGAAAGAAGGAUUUGAGUCUCGUUAUAGACUCAUACACCCACCCUCGUCCCGCCCCGACUUUCGAAUGCAAGUGGGAAGGCUGCAAUUAUCCAGGUACUUUCAAGAGGGAGCACGAACUUAUCCGCCACCUUCGGACAAUUCAUAUCACGCCCCUGGCCCAUCACUGUCCGGUGGAAGGAUGCGACAAGGUCUGUAAUCGGGAUGACAACCUCCUACAGCACAUGAGAAAUCGUCAUGGGCUUCGCUGA